AUGGAAGGAGGUGAGAAUGAACCAUUGCUCGAAAUUAACCCGUCAGGCCCCAUCAUCCCUAAUCGAGACCACGAGACGACAUCUUCAGCUAUCGUAAUGGAAGGUGGUGAGAAUGAACCGUUGCUCGAAAUUAACUCGUCAGCCCCCAUCAUCCCUAAUCGAGACCACGAGACGACAUCUUCAGCUAUUGUAAUGGAAGGAGGUGAGAAUGAACCGUUGCUCGAAAUUAACCUGUCAAGCCCCAUCAUCCCUAAUCGAGACCACGAGACAACAUCUUCUGCUAUCGUUAUGGUAGAAGGUGAGAAUAUAGGUGCCUCGAGGGCUGGUAUGGAAUUCAAAGAUAUAGACAACGUCUUUAAUUUCUACAAAAAUCGUGAAGGAAAAAGAAUGAGUGGCACAAGAGGCUCAUUGAGGUCGCAACCAACAACUCAGACAGACUGCAAAGCUCGAAUCUCGACAUCUUUAGAUGAUCAUGUCCUUAUCCGUAAUGACGUCUCUAGACUUCCUGAUCAAUAUAUAUUACAUAGAUGGAGAAAAGAUGUCAGGAGACCAUACACGAGGAUUGCUUUGAAAUAUGACGGAUUGAGGAAUUCUCCGGGACAAUUGAGGUACGACAAUUUGUGCACAGCUUUUGCCAAGGUCGCAGACCUUGCUGCAGACGAUGAACAAUGGCGUUGGAGAUCCGAAGUUGACAAAAAGAAAGGGGCACCAAGAAAAGUUCGCAAAAAAAGUCCGUUGGAGUUGACUUUGAAUAAGAAAAAGAAGAAGAAUGAGACGCCUUCAAUUAAUAGAGGAAAAGGACUUACAAAAGAGCUAAUCAAGCAAACAAAUGAGCCAAAGAUGUUGGCAUUGGAGACUGGAGUUGAAUUUGAGGUGCAAAAUCAAUCUUCUAUGGAGUUAAAUUCUCAAGGUUAA